AUGACCAACUUCAAGAUCCAGAUCAUCUCUGACACCAUCUGUCCCUGGUGCUACGUCGGAUACAGACGCCUCUCCCGCGCAAUAACAGCCCACACAAGCAAAAACCCCCAAGACACCUUCACUCUCACCUGGAACGCAUUCUACCUAAACCCUGCAUCCCCCGAAUUCCCGGGCGUCAACAAAGCCGAAAUGUACGCCGUGAAAUUCGGGCCCGAGCGCGGCGGCUAUCUUCUCCCGUCUCUCUGCCAGGAGGCUAAGCGUGCGAAUUCGAAUGUGCCUGCACCUCCUUCUGCUUCUGGCGCUGGCGCUGGCUCUCCGGUGGUUGGCGGUUUACAAACCCGCGUUGCGGAGAAAUUGUUCCGCGCGUACUUUGAGGAUGAGAAGAAUAUUACUGAUCCACGGGUAUUGCUGGAGGCUGGUGUUGAGGCGGGAUUGGACCGGGAGGAGGUGAAGAAGCUAUUGGAUUCGGAGGAGGGAGGGGCUGAGGUUGAUUCUGAGGCCAAGACUGCGUCGAGACGGUUGGUUACUGGGGUGCCGUAUUUUUCCAUUCAGGGUAAGUAUUCGGUGGAAGGGGCGGAUGAGCCUGAGACGUUUUUGGAGGUUUUUGAGCAGGUUAAGGAGGAUGAGAAUGUUUAG